CAAGUACAUAUAACAUUCCAUGCCACGCCGCAUCCCACCGAUCCUCGAUCCAAUCGCCUCCGAUUCAACGAGUCACAAAUAGUCUGCCCGCCCAACUCCACUGACAUCCCUCACACGCACCCGCGAGAGAUAGAGGCUGGCUGGCUGGCUGGAAGUUCACGCAGUUCCCACCACUUUUCAUAUUCCUCCUCUUUUUUUCUUGGUUGAUGUCAUCGAGUAUCGGUCGUACUAAAAGGAGACCACUCUUACCUACAUCUCAAAUAUCCUUCCUAUCACUUCCACCAGCACUCGCUCGACCACCUUCAUACAGGUCAUCGUCCAGUGUAGCUCUACCACCAGCAGCAGCAGCAGCAUCGACCUCUCGCUCACCACUCCGAUCCAUCUUUCGUAAUCCCUUUUCCUCAUCCGCGAUCAUGGCUUCCUCUUCUUCGUCCGAUGAGCAGAUCCCCGAGAUCAUCCUCAAGACUCGAGCCGCUGCCUCUGGAACGCCAGGUGAACAGGUAGAACCGAGACAGGUCCUACCGACAGAAGAUAUGGAGCCAAACCCAAGCAAGAGUAUCCCUCUCCCUCCAAACAGACAGAAAUUGAUCGACGAUGUCAUUGCCUUGUACUCGUGCGAACCGACCGUCGAACGAGUCGCUCGAUACGCGCCAGCUUGCGUCUAUGACGAUCAAUUCGUGUACGCAAAUGACCGAUACAAGAUGGCCGGUCAAUGGUUCGGACUUCCCAAGCUCUUUCCCAAGUCUGAAAACCUAGGAUACGAGAUAGUCAAAAACGACGACACCUUGAUCCAAUUCAAGAACAAGCAGCGAUGGUCAUUCCACCUGGUAUCCAAGCAAGCCACGAUCAACGCCCUGGUCUCCCUCGUACUCGACCCCGCUACCAAAGACUCCGACUUCCCCCUCAUCCUCUACCACAAGGAUCAAGCCAACGAAAAGGACUACUCACACGAAGGUUUCGGAUUCAUGUUCAAGAAGACCCAAGCUGAUCUCGUCUCGCACUUCAUGUCGAGCAAAGAGGUCAAAUACUUCAAGGGAGACGAGAAUGCGACCAAGGAGCCGGUCAGAAAGUACGGCAGCGGCACCGCCGAGGCCCCUAUGGCCACUCAUGUGUAAAUGGUAUUGCGAAUGUGACAACAAGUGUACAUGCAGAUU